AUGAAUUAAAUGGAUGGAUUGAUUGAAGAGAAUACACAAUUAAAGAAAGCCAUCAUAUCCUCAAAAGCUGUCAUAUCACGCAAGAUAAAUGAAUUUGAAACAUUACAAGCUAUAAAUGAUGAAUUAAAACAACACAUUGAUAAAUUGAAAUUGGAUAAUAAUGAAUUGAAUCAAAAACUUAGAAUUGCACUCCACGAAAAAAAAUAAACUGAAUAGCAAUUUGAUAAUGCCAGCAAAAGUUGGAAAUUACUAAUUGAGCAAAAACAAAGAGAACUAGAAGAAAUCUAAAGCAAAUUAAGUCCUUCUUUUGAUUAGGACAUGAUUAGAAUCAAAUUGUUGAAUGAAUUAGAAAUACCUCAUAGAUAAUAACUUGAAGUUAAAUAGAAUGAAAUUGAAAAGCUAAAUGAGGUUAUCUAUCAACUUAAAAGAAAUCUGGAUCUUGAAAUUGCUAAAGUAGAAACUACUAAAUUAGAAAAUGCAAAAGAAAUCAAAUUGAUUCAAGAACGAUUCAAAUUGGACAACUCUGAUUUGCAACAUCAAAUAGAAGAACUAACCAAAAUAAUAGAGGAUAGUAAAGAUAGAGAUCUCAUAAGAAGAUUGAGAAAGGAUUUGGAUGAAUAUAAAUUGAAAUUUAAUAAUGCAGACACAGAAAAUGUAGAAUUAAGAAAUGAGAGAGACAAAAUAAGAGAAGAAAAAAAUGAAAUUAUGAUUAAGUUUGCCAGAUAAAUAGAUUAAGAAAGAAAUGAUAAACGCCAAUAUAAAAGCGAUUUUGAUAAAAUAUAAGUGAGAACCAGAUUUAUUGAAGAUGAACUAAGAAAGGAGAAGUAAAGAAGAGAGUAACUGUCCACAAAUUUUGAAAUAAUGAAAACUGAAAAAGAUUAAUUACUGACUGAAAUAAGAAAGAAGGAUGACACUAUUCAUUAUUUACAAAGGAAAAUUGGAGAUAUGGAAGAAGAAUAAUUAGAAUAAGAAUAAAAAGUUCAAGAUAAAUUAACUCGUCUUUAUCAGGAUGAGCAUGAUAAAUAUUUACAAGAGAGAAAUAAAGCAGUUACACUGCAGAAAGAUCUUGAUAAUUUGAAGAAGAGAUUUAGUGAUUUGCAAGACGAUUACAAAAUACUUAAGGAUAGAUAUCAAAAGGAUAAUACGGAUAAUAAGGAUAACAGCAAAACUUAAAAUGAAGAAAUAGAGAAAUUAAAGAAGAUUGUGUCUUAGUAACUCAAAGACAUUGGUGAUUUAGAAAGAUCAAAUAAAAAUAGAGAAGAGUAGAUACAUGACAUUGAAAAUGAAAACGAAACUUUGAAGAGAAGAAAUAGAGAAUUACAACAUAGAAUAUAAUUGAUUGAAGUUAAUCCUUUACCCUCCCCCUAAUAAUAAACAUAGAUGAUAUUUAAUCAAUCAUAAUAUCCAAGUUUCGCUUAGUCUCCUCAAUACGUUUAAUAGAUAUAAGAUUAAUAUGAAACUAAACCUAAGCAAAAUACUGCAGCUUAAUCAGAAAAUGAACCCUAGAAUUAAACUUAAGCAUAAAAAUAAACUCUCUAAUAGAUAACAGAAGAAAAUAGAACAUUAAUUCAAAAAAAUAAAAAGCUUAGCAAAAAAUUAAAGGAAGCUAAUGAUAAAAUUUUAGAACUUUCUAUGAAAAAUACUCUUUUAGAAAAGUAAAUAUAAAGGUAGCAUUCAGUCCCUUAAUAUUCAAAUUAGGAAUAUUAAGGUAAUUACACUCAUUCUUAAUCUCCUCUUAGAUACAAUUACGAAAACUAUGAUUAAUAAGACACAAGACAGGCGUAGCAAACUCAUACUGACACUAGAUUAGAUAGAUUUGACAAGUCGGAUAGAUAUGGUUAACCAAACUAAGAUAAAUAUCGAUCUCGAAAUUAAUCAGGGAUGAAUUAACAAUAUAAUUAAGGCCAUUAUAACUAGAUUCAUGAGGAUGAUUUACUGAAUAAGGUAAUGAUGCUGACUAACAAUAAUACCGGGUAAACAAAGUAUUGGUGA